UUUCGAUUUGUCAUUUUCUCCUCAAACGCUGAAUUUUGUUUUGUUCAACAUUUCCCCAAAUUUUCUCCUGUCUAUGUAUAUGCGCUCUAUCUCCCCACCUCUAAAAUCCACCAUUUUGUCCUUCAUUCACCAUUUCAAGUUAGGAAAACUCAAAUUAAACCUAAUAAAUUGCCUAUUUCUCCGUCAAUUUUACAAUUCCCAUUCUUUGGUAAUCUCCAUUAACGAUUUCUGCAAUAAAUAAGGUUAUUUGGGGACAAAAUUAAAGGAAAAUGUCGUGGCUAAAGAAUGCGGUGAGCAAGGCUGUGGAGGUUGGAAACAAGAACAACAUCACUCGCACCGUCAAAAAUUAUGCUGAUUCUGUUGUUCAGCAAGCUGGACAUGCGGUUGCUGAGGGUGCUAAACUCCUUCAAGAUCGUAUUGUAGCUCGAAACCAUAAAAGCUUUACACAUGCUGUCAAGAGAUUGGAGGAGGCUUCUAUUAGCUGUAGGGGUCCAGAAAGAGUUCAACUGCUAAGAAGAUGGUUGACUCUGCUUAAAGAAAUUGCGAAGCUAUCUGGAGAUUUGACUGAAGAUAAUGUUAUGUCUCUUGAGCAACAUCUUGAUGCUGACGAGACCAACGAUAACACAAGGAAACCAUCUUUAGUUUUAUUUUAUGAUUCUGAAGACCAGAGUGAACCUAUGAACUUCCGGGAUGUUUUCCUUCUCAGUCAAGCUCUUGAGGGCAUAACCCUAUCAAUGAUACUUGAGGCACCUAGUGAAGAAGAGGUUUCUUUGCUUCUUGAGAUGUUUGGGCUUUGUCUCACUGGUGGAAAAGAAGUGCAUCAUGCUAUAGUUAGUAGUAUUCAGGAUCUAGCACAAGUUUUCUCGAGCUAUGAAGAUGAAGUACUGGUGAAGCGAGAGGAAUUGCUACAGUUUGCCCAAGGUGCCAUUUCAGGGCUAAAAAUAAAUGCCGAGCUAUUGAGAGUAGAUAAUCAGGCCUCAAAUCUCAGAAAAAGAAUUGAUGAAAUGAAAAUCUCACCUGAGCUUCGAGGUGAGCAGCAGCCUGCAACAGACUCUACUAGUGCUACAAUAGAGAGCUUAAAGCUGGCACUUGCACAAAUUCGUCUUUGUUCUACUUUAGAAGGUUUGCUACGUAGGAAGCAGUUGCUGCACACUGGGGACACCCCUGAAAUUCAUGCUCAAAAGGUUGAUAAGUUAAAAGUGUUGUGCGAGUCUCUUGCAAAUUCUUCCACAAAAUCUGAGAAGAGAAUAUUAGAUGCUAGAGCUCAGAAGGAAGAGGCUCUGAAAUUUCGCAUGUCAAAGGAAAGUGAAGUUGGUGAGAUGGAGAAGGAAAUUGGAGCCGAGAUUGCUACACUCGAGAAGAAAAGAGAUGAAAUUGAAGCAGAACUUAAAAAGGUGAACAUUUCCUUGACUGCUGCUCGCAAACGUCUUCAAAUUGCAAGGGAAGAGAGAGAUCAAUUCGAAGAGGCUAACAAUCAGAUUCUGGAACACCUAAAAACAAAGGAAGAUGAGCUAUCGAGAUCAGUAGGCUCUUGUAAAGCAGAAGCUGAUGUCCUGAAAACAUGGAUCAAUUUCCUUGAAGAUACCUGGGCUCUUCAAUGCAAAUUCAUGGAAUCGAAGGAAAAGCAGACGAAUGAUGAAUUGGAGAGACAUGAGGGCUUUUUCAUGGACUUGGCCAUUAAACUUCUCUCCGGGUACAAGAAAGAACUGGAGCCUUCCAUUGGCCGUAUUGGGCAAUAUGUGGAGAAUCUUAAGUCUUUAAGUAGAGGGUCAAAUGUAGCAUCACAUGGAGAUGAUGAAGAUUCCAGAAUAUCGGACCCCAGAAGAAAUUUGGAGGAGGAAUACCUGGAUUAUGAAGCCCAGAUCGUGACCACUUUCAGUGUAGUGGAUAACAUGAAAGAGCACAUGUAUUCCAAAGACGGAAAAUUUGUCAGCUUGGCUCAGAUACCAUGUCUUGAAUUUUUCCAUCCAGGAAAGACGAUUCGAUAGUUAAAGAGCUUCUUGACGAUAUUGAGAAAUUGAGAAGGGAAUUUGAAUCAAUUGAAAGACCAGUUCUGGAGAUGGAAUCACCAAGUCGAGUACCAGAGAUUCCAACUGGUGAGAAACCGCAGGAAACUGUAUCACAACCAUCUGUAAGUCCAGAAGCUGAGAAAGAGCAUAUUGAGCCUUCAACGGUAAAUAAAGAACGAACGCUUGAUCAUGAAGCGGAGUUGGCGAAACUGGAAUCUGAAUUCGGUAAACUUGGUGAAGAUUAUACAUCUGAAGAAAUUGGUGGCUGGGAAUUUGAUGAGCUCGAAAAAGAACUGGCAAGUAGUGAGCCAGAAAAGAAGUAGAAAAGAUCAACAGUAUCUACAAAAUUUCCUUGUUUUCUGUGUGUAUUGUAAUAAACUAGCGCAUCUGGACAAUUGUCUUGCACAUGUUUAUUGACCAUGGUCCAUGUGAUAUCCCCACAAGCAUUGUUUUUAGCUGAAGGGAAUUUACUGUAACAUGUAAGCUAUUAGCUAGUUCUAUUUGUAAAUUGUGGAGCACUAUGUUGAUGUUAACUUUACGCUUUGUAGUCUAAUGGUUUAUGACAUAUUUUGGAUC